CUGUAUCACAUACCUUUCGAUUCUCGUAUUUCUCGUGUUCUUUCUCAUCUCAGUCUCGAUUCUAGCGAGUUUCUCGACUGUGUUGGGUCUCUUUUGUUGCUGUUUUUGGGAUUCGGGUGACCGCUGCAAGCUUGUGUAUUUGCUGAUUGAAGGAAGUUCGUUUUUCUAUUAAGAAAGUUUUAUGUAGUUCGUAUUGUUUGUUUUCUGAUCAUCUUUUUGUGGUAGGGUUGGAUCAUAGUUUGAUUAUGUUAUGUUUUGUUAGGCAAUGUGAUUUGCAUGUGCCUUUGGAUUGAUUUUUUUUUUUUUUUUUCUGUUUGGAUGUUUUGAUGAUUUUGGUUCGAAAAAUGAAUGUGAUUUGGGAUCUUAUAUCUCCUGGUUUAGUUCAACUUGUUGUGAGUGGUUAGAUUGUGUUCUCGUUUCAUCUGCAACUACAAUCAUGGAGGUAUAUGGUCCCAAAUUUUUUAUGAUUUUUUUUUCAUUCCCUUUCGAUUAAAGAAGUCGAAAUUCUCGUUGCAUGUUUUCUUUUCGAUGCGUACUAGACCGUUAGGUUAUUUGUGGUUAUUGGGUCUGAGAAAUGUUCGUUCCACUUUGGUUAUUAAUCGUUUGAUUUGAUUAUGUACCGUGAUCUGGUGAAGUUUUUGAAUCUCACUAAUACAUUUUGGUUGUAUUGAAAUUGUGGUAGGUUAGGGUUUUGUUUUUAGAAAUUAGGAGCUAGAUGUCUGUUGAAGUUCCUCUUGCCUUCUGCAUCAUUGAAGGCUUUGUCCUCUGUUAAUGAAUGUUAUAUUCUUGAGGCCUUCUAUUUGUCUUCCAUUUUAAGUGUCAUUUUUAAGAUGCUCAUCUAGAUGCUUCUGGGUGGUGUUGGAUGUUGGAUUCUUGUCGGCAGCCCAUACUAAAUCUUGUUGUUGGAGUUCUUUGCUUCUUCAACAUGUUUCAGAUUGAAAUCUUCUGGUUAUUCCCAGACCUUCAGUGACCAUUAGAGUUGUAGGUGCUCACUGAUAGCAAGAUCGUGAGAGCUGUGCAUGUAGUUGUGCAACAAAUCAAGUGAUCAUGAUGUGCAAUUGGUCACACUAUUCAAAGCUGGAGGCUCUGGAGUUCCCCCAGUGCUGCGUUGUAGUGUGUGUUAUUUAUAUGGGUCUCUUAUAACCCUUUCUUUUUUGGAUGAACUGAAUUCCUCUCAUGGAGGAGUUAUGAUGAUUGGAGCUGUACGACAUUUAUUGGAUUCUUUGUUGCUGAUGUGCUGUGGUGUGCUGCUGUAUACAAGAAACCAACAAUGUCAUGGCCUGUUUGACGGGUGAUUAACAUGCCUUUUCUGCCUUUAGAACCAUUGCUAAUGUCCUUCCUACAUGCAGGUGCUCUAAGUUACUAUCCAGAUUCAACCAUUGUCCAUGGCAGAGCUCGCAGCUGACUCCCAGGAGUUGUUGGAGAGGGGAUAUAAGCAAUACGGAUGUGCACACUAUAGGCGACGGUGCCGCAUCCGAGCUCCUUGUUGUAAUGAAAUCUUUGAUUGCCGCCAUUGCCACAAUGACAUAAAGAAUAGUAUUUAUCUUGAUCAGAAGGAAAGACACGAGAUCCCACGCCAUGAAGUCGACCAGGUUAUAUGCUCACUCUGUGGAGCUGAACAGGAGGUUCGCCAAGAAUGUAUGAACUGUGGUGUGUGUUUUGGGAAAUAUUUCUGUGAGAGUUGCAAGCUGUUUGAUGAUGAUGCAUCUAAGAAGCAGUAUCACUGUGAUGGGUGUGGAAUUUGUAGGUACGAUAUCCUAAUCCGUAUCCCUUUAGGGCUCUGUUCCCACGCUUACUCGAUGGCUUUUGAACGUUUUGACAGAAUUGGGGGGCGGGAGAACUUCUUCCACUGCCACAAGUGUGGUUGCUGCUAUUCGGCUAUUUUAAAAAAUAGCCAUCCCUGCAUCGAAGGAGCAAUGCACCAUGACUGUCCUGUUUGCUUUGAGUAUCUGUUUGAUUCGACAAACGACGUAUCGGUGAUGCCGUGUGGACACACCAUCCAUCAAAAUUGCUUGAAUGCGAUGAGAGAUCACUUUCAAUUUGCUUGUCCUCUCUGCUCCAAGUCCGUUUGUGAUAUGUCCAAGGUGUGGGAAAAAUUUGACAUGGAAAUUGCAGCUACCCCAAAUCCAGAGCCAUACCAAAACAAAGUGGUUUGGAUUCUUUGCAACGAUUGCGGGAAAACGUCGAAGGUGCAGUAUCAUGUUGUGGCUCAAAAAUGCUUGAAUUGCAGGUCCUACAACACCAGACUGAUCGGCUAAGGAUGCGGAUAUGAAGGCCACAUCCCCAUCGUCCUGCAACUCUGAAAUGCUUCAAGCCACACUCGAUCAUUCUCAGGGCGAUCGGGAUGGGGAAGACGAUAAUGAUGACGACGAUUACGACGUUCUGCAGCCUCCUCCUCAUCUGUUUCUCUUCUUUAUUUGGUUGAUUUCUUGUAGUCUACUUCUGCC